AGAGGAGAAGGGCAGAAGAUAGAAGAGAUAGAGAGAGAGAGAGAGAGGUCGAGACCAGAGGGGAAUCGAAGCCUUAGGGUGGAAUCGGCUUUGAGAUGUUGAUUUUCAGAUCUCCUUCGAUUCGGUCUAGUUCGCGGCUAGGGUUCGCACUUCGAUCGUGCCUCGCGACUCGACUUGCUUCGCAAAGGUCGUGAAGGGUUUUGUCAGGUUCCAGUACUUUUUGUAAAUAGCUAUUGCUAAUUACAGAUUGAACUUGAGCUUGUAUUGGAGAGUUCAGUUUCAACAUGGGGCGUCUAAAGCUGCAAUCUGGAAUAAAGUCAAUUGAAGAAGAACCAGAAGACUGUGAGGUUAUUUCUUCUAACAAAGCUGCUUUAGCAUGUAUAGUCAAUGCGGAAGUAGGUGCUGUACUGGCUGUUAUGAGGAGGAAUGUGAGAUGGGGAGGUCGUUAUAUGUCGGGUGAUGAACAGCUAGAGAACUCUCUCAUCCAGUCUUUGAAGGCAUUGCGGAAGCAAAUUUUUUCAUGGCAGCACCCAUGGCCUACCAUCAAUCCUGCUGUUUAUCUCCAGCCCUUCUUGGAUGUAAUUCGGUCUGAUGAAACCGGUGCACCAAUCACAGGUGUUGCUUUGUCAUCUGUUUACAAGAUUUUAAGUCUUGAUGUGCUUGAUCUAAAUACUGUUAAUGUUGAAGAGGCUAUGCACUUGGUAGUUGAUGCUGUGACCAGCUGCAGAUUUGAGGUGACUGAUACUUCAUCAGAAGAGGUAGUCCUAAUGAAGAUACUUCAGGUUCUUCUAGCUUGCAUGAAAAGUAAAGCAUCAGUUAGGCUGAGUAAUCAGCAUGUUUGCACCAUAGUGAAUACUUGCUUCCGUGUAGUUCAUCAAGCAAUAAGAAAAGGUGAGUUGUUACAGCAGCUAGCUCGAAACACAAUGCAUGAACUUGUUAGGUGUAUUUUUUCAAACAUACCUGACGUCAACAACACAGAAGAUUCAUUGGUUAAAGGAGCCAGUUCUUUUAAACAGGAGCUUGGUGGGAUGGAUAAUGAUUACAAUUUUGGGGCAAAGCAAUUAGAGAAUGGCAAUGGUAGUUCUGAACAUGAUAGCCAACUAUCCUCAGCAGGUUUGGCUUCUAAUGCUCCCAGUGGCCUAGUUACUGGUAUGAUGGAUGAAAAUACAAUCCGGUCUGGUAAUCGGAUGGACGCUGUUCCAUAUGAUUCGCAUUUAAUGACUGAGCCAUAUGGAAUCCCCUGCAUGGUUGAGAUAUUUCACUUCUUGUGUUCAUUGUUGAAUGCUGUUGAGCAUAAUGGAAUGGGUCCUAGUCCCAGGCCAAAUAGUAUGGCAUUUGAUGAAGAUAUACCUCUUUUUGCUUUUGGAUUAAUUAAUUCAGCAAUUGAAUUGGGUGGUGCUUCUAUUCGCCAACACCCCAGAUUAUUGAGUUUGGUACAGGAUGAAUUAUUUCGUAACCUGAUGCAAUUUGGUUUGUCAAUGAGUCCACUUAUACUCUCAAUGGUAUGUAGCAUUGUUCUCAAUCUGUAUCAUCAUUUGCGUGCUGAACUAAAGCUACAGCUUGAGGCUUUCUUUUGUUGUGUGAUUUUGAGGCUUGCACAAAGCCGAUAUGGGGCUUCAUACCAGCAGCAGGAGGUUGCAAUGGAAGCUCUUGUUGAUUUCUGCAGGCAGAAAACGUUUAUGCUGGAGAUGUAUACUAACUUAGAUUGUGACAUAACUUGCAGUAAUGUUUUUGAAGACCUCGCCAAUUUGUUGUCCAGGAGUGCAUUUCCAGUGAAUUGCCCUUUAUCUUCAAUGCACAUCCUUGCUUUGGAUGGCCUGAUUGCUGUAAUUCAGGGAAUGGCUGAGAGGAUAGGCAAUGGAUCAGUGGGAUCGGAACCAGCCCCUGUGAAUCUUGAGGAGUAUACCCCGUUCUGGAUGGUGAAGUGUGACAACUAUAGUGACCCUGAUCAUUGGGUUCCAUUUGUGAGACGGAGGAAAUACAUCAAAAGAAGGUUGAUGAUUGGGGCUGAUCACUUCAAUCGAGAUCCAAAAAAAGGGCUUGAAUUUCUCCAGGGAACGCAUCUUUUGCCUGACAAACUCGAUCCCCAAAGUGUGGCUUGCUUUUUCAGAUACACUGCUGGGUUAGAUAAGAAUCUUGUUGGGGAUUUUCUGGGAAAUCAUGAUGAGUUUUGCGUUCAGGUUCUUCAUGAAUUUGCUGGGACUUUUGAUUUUGACGGCAUGAACCUGGAUACUGCAUUGCGGUUGUUUUUGGAAACUUUCCGACUUCCCGGGGAAUCACAAAAGAUACAAAGGGUACUUGAGGCAUUCUCGGAAAGAUACUAUGAGCAAUCACCUCAAAUUCUAGCUAACAAGGAUGCUGCUCUCCUAUUGUCCUAUUCACUAAUAAUGCUCAACACAGAUCAGCACAAUGUGCAGGUGAAGAAAAAGAUGACCGAGGAAGAUUUCAUCCGGAAUAAUCGGCACAUCAAUGGUGGCAAUGAUCUCCCUCGAGAGUUUCUGUCAGAGUUGUACCACUCAAUCUGCAAGAAUGAGAUCCGCACAACACCAGAACAAGGUGCUGGUUUCCCUGAAAUGAACCCAAGCCGUUGGAUUGAUCUAUUGCACAAAUCCAAGAAAACUGCUCCGUUCAUUGUGUCGGAUUCUAAAGCCUACCUUGACCAUGAUAUGUUUGCUAUAAUGUCGGGUCCAACCAUUGCUGCUAUCUCUGUGGUAUUUGACCAUGCAGAGCAUGAAGAUGUAUACCAAACCUGUAUCGACGGAUUCAUAGCUGUUGCAAAGAUUUCAGCAUGCCAUCAUCUUGAAGAUGUUUUGGAUGAUCUGGUGGCAUCUCUCUGUAAGUUUACAACCCUUUUAAACCCAUCAUCUGUGGAGGAGCCGGUUCUAGCCUUCGGCGAUGACUCGAAAGCCCGUAAUGCAACUGUAACAGUCUUCAAUAUUGCAAAUUGGUAUGGUGAUUUCAUCCACACGGGCUGGAGAAAUAUCCUCGAUUGCAUUCUAAAAUUGCACAAGCUCGGUCUUCUUCCUGCUCGUGUGGCAAGUGAUGCAGCGGAUGACUCAGAGCUUUCUUCUUCUGACCCUGGACAUGGGAAGCUUCUUACAAAUUCUUUAUCUUCAGCUCACAUGCCAUCCAUAGGUACUCCUAGGAGAUCUUCUGGACUGAUGGGCCGGUUCAGUCAGCUUUUAUCUCUCGACACAGAGGAACCAAGAUCACAACCUACUGAACAACAGCUCGCUGCUCAUCAGCGCACUGUUCAAACCAUUCAGAAGUGUCACAUCGACAGCAUUUUCACAGAGAGUAAAUUUUUGCAAGCUGAUUCCUUAUUACAGCUUGCACGGGCACUCAUUUUGGCUGCGGGACGACCCCAAAAGGGGAAUAGUUCUCCCGAGGACGAAGACACUGCUGUUUUCUGCUUGGAAUUGCUUAUUGCUAUUACCCUGAACAACCGGGAUAGGAUUAUGCUUCUCUGGCAGUGUGUUUAUGAUCACAUAUCUAGCAUCGUUCAGUCGACAGUGAUACCUGGUGCUCUGGUUGACAAGGCUGUUUUUGGACUCCUUCGGAUUUGCCAGCGCUUGCUGCCCUACAAAGAGAACUUGGCUGAUGAACUUUUGAGGUCACUACAUCUGGUUCUGAAGCUUGAUGCUCGUGUUACCGAUGCAUACUGUGAGCAAAUCACACAGGAAGUUAGUCGUCUUGUUAAAGCAAACGCCACUCACAUCCGUUCCUCAACGGGCUGGCGAACAAUCACGUCCUUACUUUGCAUCACAACCCAUCACCCAGAAGCUUCUGAAGCAGCUUUUGAUGCACUAAUGUUCAUAAUGUCUGAUGGAGACCACUUGUUGCCAGCCAAUUACGUGCUCUCCGUAGAUGCAGCAAGGCAAUUUGCUGAGUCUCGUGUCGGACAAGCCGACCGAUCUGUACGUGCUUUGGAUCUUAUGGUUGGUUCUGUUUCUUGUUUAGCACGUUGGGCGCAAGAAGCCAAGGAAUCGGGAGAAACAACAGAGGCUGUAAAAAUGUCUCAGGAUAUAGGGGAGAUGUGGCUGAAGCUUGUGCAGGGAUUGAGAAAAGUGUGUUUGGACCAGAGAGAAGAAGUUCGGAACCACGCCCUCGUAUCGUUGCAAACGUGUUUGACAGGAGCUGAUGGGGUCCACCUUUCGAGUAAUUUGUGGUUGCAUUGUUUUGAUCUGGUUAUAUUCACAAUGCUUGAUGACUUGCUUGAGAUCUCACAAGGGCACUCCCAAAAAGAUUACCGAAACAUGGAAGGGACACUAAUCCUUGCAUUGAAGCUCCUGUCUAAAGUUUUUCUACAGUUACUUCACGAGCUCUCGCAGUUAACAACUUUCUGCAAACUAUGGCUUGGGGUGCUCAGCCGGAUGGAGAAAUAUAUGAAGGUGAAAGUCAGAGGAAAGAAAAGCGAGAAGCUUCUAGAACUAGUUCCCGAGCUUCUCAAGAACACCUUGCUUGUAAUGAAGAGAAAGGGAGUGCUUGUGCAGAGGAGUGCCCUUGGUGGAGAUAGCUUGUGGGAGCUAACAUGGUUGCAUGUAAGUAACAUUGCUCCGGCUUUGCAAUCUGAAGUGUUCCCAGAUCAAGAUUUGGAGCAGCCACAGACUAACGAAGCUCAUGUAUCAGGAAUUCAUGAAACUGUUUCUACUCCAAAUGAAGCAGUUAAUCCAGAAGACUAACUGAUUUUUCAACAUUCGAUGAGUUGGGCUUCUUAAACGCAUCAUAUUUUCAGACAUGGUUGUGUAAUUUGUGUUCCGAUAUUGGUAUUUGCAGAGUUGAGAUGGAUCAAGAUUCUCCAAAUAUGCAAUUUGUGAGAGAACACCAAUGAAUGUGCUAGUGCUGAUCUAGACAGGUCUAUUAGUUUGUUGAUAUUACAUAUUCUGCUUCUCUGGCUGGAAAUUUACUACCUUUUGUAGGUUAAAUUUAGUUUUUCCUUUUCGUUUAACGUUCUAUUAGUCUUGGGGAAGGGUUUGAUUCCACUUUCGUCAUUUCAAGAAAUUUGAAAGAGAGCCAUUGGUUCAUCCAAUUAACUAGAUCCUCUCUUGAUGUUAUAUUAGCUUGUUUGUUGAUGUACAGAAACUCAAUAUUGUAACGUCCAUAAUUUUGAUGUGUAGUUUCGUAUUCCGCGUGAUAAUGUUCUGAAUUAAGUUGAUCAUCCUGACAGUGUCAGGCUUAUUGUUAUGGGAUCUCCCAAAAGACGGAUUUAGUUUCGUAUCAGUAUGACAAUCUAUAAUAUCUUGUGGAAA